AUGGACGCAGCGCGACGCGCAUGGGCGCAGUGCGACGCGCAUGGGCGCAGUGCGACGCGCAUGGGCGCAGUGCGACGCGCAUGGGCGCAGUGCGACGCGCAUGGGCGCAGUGCGACGGACUCGGAUUAUUCCCUCCCCCCCCCCCCCCCUGACGCCCUGCUCACGUUCAGACAGUUGACGCCCGUGCGGCGCGCUCCCCCACCACGUCACCUCCCCUCUGGGCCGUCCUCCGCCGUGCACGCCGUCGCUCAGCCACGUCACCUCCCCUCUGACGCCCUGCCACGUCACCUCCCCUCUGACGCCCUGCCACCUCACCACCCCUCUGACGCCCUGCCACGUCACCUCCCCUCUGACGCCCUGCCACGUCACCUCCCCUCUGACGCCCUGCCACGUCACCUCCCCUCUGAGGCAGGCCAACGCAUGUCCAAUGCACAAGGCACGGAGCACGGGCAGGCGUUGCAGCUGCUCUCCUUUGCUGGCACCAACGAGGACCCUACCAACUCCAUACCUGCCAACAACAAGGCCCUCUGCCUGAUGUACGGCCGAGAUCUCGCAACGGCGGUGCGGGUGUGGGAGCAUGGGCAGGCGCUGCAGCUGGUUACUGCGGUGACUAAAGAGGAUCUCACCAACUCCAUUGCUGCGAAUAACAAGGCCCUCUGCCUGAUGUACGGCCGAGAUCUCGCGACGGCGGUGCGGGUCCUGGAGGACCAAUUGCAAGCGAGCCCGCUGACAGCUGUCGACGAGACAGUGGUGCUCAACCCGUGCUCCAUGUACGAGCUGGCGGCGUCUGAUACGCUCAACGCCAAGAGCACGCUCAGCAACUGGCUCACUCGUUUGGCUCCCGAUGACUUUGACUUUGCCUGCACUCGGCUGUAG